GAAUUCGCGAAAGUACACCAAAAUUUUACCCGUCAGUUGCUGUUGACUGUGGUUCCUUUUCGUCCAAACCCUAGGAUAAGACUGUAUCGGACUGUUUCUCGUUUGUGCCCAAUGCGCGGAGAUGUCGCGUUGGCGCGGAUUCGAUGGCGCCGGCUGAGCGCGCUCGCUGGCUAGGCGCCCAUGCGCGCCUGGCUGCUCGUGUGUGCGGCGCUCGCGCUGGCGCCCGAGCGAGCGACCGCCGCGCACCCAAUAGACUCCGAGCGCUUAGAGCGCAUCAAGUCUCAGAUUCUAGCCAAGCUGGGGAUGUCGUCGCGGCCGACGCCGCAGGGCGCGCCUCCACACGACGUGGUCAGACAGAUCCUGGCCAGAGCGGCAGAUCCUGUCCCUCGCCACGAGCAUCACGAGGAACACUCCGUCAGGGAGAUCAUAGCUAUAGCUCAUAGAGGUAACGAUCAGGAACACAUUGCAAAGAUUAUCGCUUCACAUCGUAUGAUACAGUUCUACAAAAGAUUCUACGUUAAAAUGAUCGUCAGGCUUUUUCAGACAGAAUCUUAA